AUGGAGGAAGAACUCCCUCCACUUGUCGGAGAUGCCCUGGAUGUCCGACUGCUGCAGACGUGGGCUGCAAAAGAAGAGCAGGUGGCUGAGGAGGUGAGGCGCAGCUUUUGUGCCCCAGUUUGGCUGAAGGAUGUGCCCACUCACCAUGCCUUACCAGGGGACGUCUCCCCAUCUGCAUCGGCGAUUGCCCUUGCCCGACUUGCCUGUGCAUUGAGUACAUCGUCAGCAUCAUUGAUACAUCGCUGGAAUGAAGACCAGGAAAGGUUAGCAUCUGAGCCCGCAUUGAGCAAAGAGGUUUGCCGAUUGAGUCAAGACUUACAACAAGCAAGGGCAGAAAGAAGAGAAGCCUAUCAGAGGCUUCAAGACCUUCAGGACAGAAAGCAGGCCGCGCAGGUCGCCCUCGCGAAAGCAAUGGAGAUGCAGGAAGAGAUAGAGGACGAUGAGAUCGAAGACGGCCAUUCGCCGGCUCCUUCUGAGACUCUGUCUGAGCAUGGAGACGAGCAGGCAGUGAAGAAGCGUGGUUGGAGUGGUGCGAAGAGGAUGCUUGGCAAGGGCUUGAAGAAGAUUCGGGGAGGCCGCAAGGGCAAAGCAGAAAGCUUGACACCUCCUGGCGCAGCAUCGCCCGUCAGCUCUGCAGCAAGCGGUGCAAGGACGCUGUCUCCGCAGAAGCCGCCGACACCCAAGCAGUUGAUGGUCGAGGCAUCAAGUGAGGAAUUGGUUCACACCGCCGAGGCCAUUCAACAGGCUGCAGAGGAGAUGGACAUGCAAACAUCCAUCUGUGAGCAGGUCGUUGAGGCCAUGGCUGAAAGUCUUCGCUCCGGCCACGACGCUUCCAGGAGGGAGGCCAUCCGCGAUGGAGCCUGUGCAUUGGAGGAGUGGGCGGAUGAAGUGCGUUCUUUGUUGGCACGUUGGGACAUGCCCGGUUCCGAAGCUGAAGGCAACACCACUGCCGGUGACACGACACCAAAGUCGCUGAGCGACGAGUCUGAGGAAGAGGUGGUUGCAAGUGAUGGAGACGCCUCUUGGUCUUUGCAGCGAUUGCAGCAGCUGCAGCAUGAGUCAGAGGUGUUGUUGCACAAAUUGCCACCUCGGUUUCUUCUGCGCCGCCUGUGCAAAGGACACGAAGAAGGGACUUCUGACAGCAUGUCCGAGCAUGAUCCCGAUUCGUCGAACACCACAGAUUUCCUGCACGAUUUGAUCAAGAGCAAUGACACUCUUGAGCAGACUCUGGCAGACACACGGCCUGCUUCCAUAGUCAGAGCAAUGAGGAGGUGCUGUUCUCGACUUGAUCACGAAGCUGCUGGUCUCGAGAACACAGCCACCCUGGUUGCCUCUGCUGCUAGCAUUUCGUGGCAGGCUGACUCCGUGUGCACCAGUCCUUCCAGGGCAGCAGUCUCUGACGUGUCCGCAUCGCCUUCGCCCAGAAUUGGACGUACCAAGUCAGUCACUGGUCUGGCACGUGGAUCUCGCAGUCGUUCGAGUUCGAGGAAUUCGAGGACUUCCUCCCCUGCCAAGGCAUCGAGAGGUGGCUCUCGGCCGGCAACUCCACGACAAGGUGUUUCCGGGAGAGCUGUGGCCCUUGCAGCAAGUCCAAGGUUGGAGGGCCAGGGCGGCGAUGCAGGUGUUGCCGAGCCAGUGUCGCCCUCGUCGCCAGUGUCGCCCUCCUUUGGAGCUGGUCUUGGCUCGUCACUGCGCCACGCGGCAGCGGCCGAGGUGGCUGAGGAGGGCUACAACCCUUUCAAAGAUGAUCGAGUGCGCACCUGUUCUGGCAGUGAUGGGGUCGAGGCGUGCCCCACUGGACUGGAGAACGAAACUACCAAUCCGUUCGGUGACUGCAGCCCGGACGGUGACAAAGAGACAGAGACGCUGGGCAAUCCGUUCGGGUUCAAGAGCGAGGAAGAAGCAGCCCAUCGCUUCACCGAAAGACACCCGAAGCGGGAUGUCAACCCAUUUGACGACAGCGCCGACGAAAGCGCAAGCGACUCGCCUGUGGAGGAUCUGGGAGGGAAUCCAUUCUCGGUGGAUCGUCGCGAGGAUGCAGGCGUCAGUCCAGUGGAGGAGAUACCGCAGACGCAACACUUUGGAAGUCCAGCAAGUCUGGCCGAGGAGCAGCCUGGCCAUUGCUUCGAAAGUCCGGCAAGCUUUGGUGAGGGUGCUGCCGUGGCAAGAAAUGCAAUGGUCAGUAGACCUCUGUGUCUUGAAGUGGUGAAAGACACGGCCAGCCCUAGAGUGACCUCGUUGAUGCCAGGUGCAGCUCCGGCUCUGGAGAUGUGGCGGCGCCCAUCUCCCCGGCAGCUCCCGGGCGGCCUAGCAGGAUGUCUCUGCAAUGGUCUCAACGCGUCCAGAGAAAACGAAGACCUCGACGAAGAGCUGCGGCAAGUGAUUGAUGCACCAUCUUUGGAGGCGGCCAUCGCUGCUAGUGAUGCCUCGAUGUGCAAAGGCCGCUUAGAUGCUGGCGAUUACAGGAACUGGAAGUGGCGUGACCAUGCUGCCGAAGAAGGGCACCAAGUACUGGGAAAAAGCACUCACUUCCUGUCUGACAUGCUGGCCGACGAGGACUGGGGGUUCUUCUCAUACGAGCUGCUCCUGCUGAGUCGCCACUUCCUUCGCGAAGGCAGUCCUGCACUGGACCAGGUGUCUGCCCUGAUUCCGAUCUGCCGCGUGCGCUUGGGAAUCAACAGCCAACUCCAUCACCACAUCGUUGAGCUGUCCAAGCCUUCCGGCAGUGAGGCCUUCUCACCGCUAGAUGUGCGGUAUCGGGUGGCCCUACUACUCAGGCUUUGGACCAGUUGGGAGACCUUUGAGUACGGAACAUUGGCAGAACCUUCGAAAGAGUGGACGCAGAAAUGGAUCCACAUGCAGCUCCGAGUUCUGAAAGGAUGCAUCCUUGAAAGAGCUAUGCAGCUACACGAAGGACAAGAGGACCUGUCGGCCUGUGGGCGCUGCUUGCGGGCCCUUCGAGAGCUCACUGAGAUCGCGCUGAGUGGAAGCUGGGGGAAGCCGCAGGCGCUUGAAAGGAUGGGGGAACCCAGCGGACGAAGGCUUCUGGCUAUGGUUUUCAAGGAGAUGGACGCCCUGAGACCCCUUGAGAGUUGGUCCUUCAACGUGGUCUUUGCUGCCAAAGUCUUCGGCACGCUCUGGCGUGCGGCAACGGAUGCUGAGGCAGAAGAUCGCCUGAGCUUGGAUGCUCCGGUGGUGGCUGCUGCUCUGCUGGCAGGCCUCCACCCGCACUUGGCCCCGCUCCAGCUCGAAACCCACGCCUUGCUCUUUACGCAGCAGCUUUGGUCAGCGACCUUCUCUCCGAGCAUGCUGCAGCUGCCUGCCGCGGCGCUUGCUAUUUCUGCCAGCAUUCUCAGCGAUUUCUCUCACUGGCUUCAGAAGACUCCAGUGGACGCAGCGGCGUGCUUUGCGAGACAAGGUGCACCUGGAUCUUCGCAGCAACCCCUGGAGCUGAUCGCACGGCGGCUGCUCACAGUGGACUUGAGGGAUCAGCUGGUCCAGACUCUGACAGAUUACAGGCGCCACUUUGAGCCGUCAGCUUUUGCAGCUGCACUUGAACUGUGGGAGCGCUGCUUUCGGGAGACACGUCGUUCCGAUGUCGGACGUGGGCGCAGCAACGAGGCAGUUGCCGAGGAUGCUGAGGAGGAGCAUGUGUUAGAGAACGGGUCAACUGAAGAGCUGUUCCGGUGCUUCGGACAGUGGUUCGUUUGGCAGUCUGCAAGCAAAGAAGCUGAGCUGGCCUUGCAACCAUUUGACGACGCGCCGAGGGUUCCUAUAGGAGACGAGGUUGCGUGGAAGCGUCUCGGCCCUGAGAUCAAGAAGUACCUCGAAGGACUCACUGAUGCAGUUCAGUCCCUGAUCGAAGAGCUGGAUUGCGAGAAGACGUUUUACAACGAGGCCUGGGCCGCGCAUGGGCUGGGGCCAGAGCACCUGGCCGUCGCAGCUGCGGCUGUGGUUGUGGCGGUGCGCCCACGUGUGGAAAAGCUGAAAGCUGGAGUGUGGCCAACGGGCCCGCCGAUUCUGGAAGUGCCGCCGGGAGGAGGGCGCUUAAUCCAGGUCCUUGAGGCUUUAGAUCGAGAAGCCAGCCGGCAUCGUGAAGCUAAUGUCCUGACAACAGAGCCACUGGUGGAUAUUCUGGUGCCUCAUGUC